GCUCUGUCUCCUUCCCUCCCUCCCUUUCCCUCUUCGCAACCCGGAAGAGCUCCGCUCUCUACAGUGAGCAGGGAAGGCGGAGGGGAGGGGGCUCCAAGGAAGGACGCACAUCGCCCAGGUUUUACCUCUCGCUGGAAGCCCGCCUGGGAUGCGGUGAGCAGUUCCAGCGGCCAGGACGGCAGCGGCAGCCACAGUGGCGAACUCUGCCUGUCAUUUCUGCCUUCAGAUCUCCGGCGAGUCAGGAAAAAAUAAAAAACAGCUGGCCCUCGGGAGCGAGCUGCCCAGGUGACCCUAGGAGGGACUCCGCCUCGGAGCGGCUGAAGACCCCGGUGCAGAGGAGCCUGUCUCGCAGAAUUCCAGAGUCGUCGCCCCCUUUUACCACCUGGUCCCCUUUUAUCCUGCCGUACCCAGUUUUUGGAUUUUUGCCUUCCCCUUCUUCUCUUUGCUAAACAACCCCUCCAAGAUUAUUUUGUAAAAACCCUCUCCUUUGCUCGCCUUUCCUUCCCAGCCUUCCCAUCCCCCGACCGAAAGCAAAUCAUUCAACGACCCCCGAUCCUCCGACGGCAGGAGCCCCCGACCUCCCAGGCCGACCGCCCUCCCUCUCCGCGCGCGGGUUCCGGGCCCGGCGAGAGGGCGCGAGCGCAGCCGAGGCCAUGGAGGUGACGGCGGACCAGCCGCGCUGGGUGAGCCACCACCACCCAGCCGUGCUCAACGGGCAGCACCCGGACACUCACCACCCGGGCCUCGGCCACUCCUACAUGGACCCGGCGCAGUACCCGCUGCCAGAGGAGGUGGAUGUGCUUUUUAACAUCGACGGCCAAGGCAACCACGUCCCUCCCUACUACGGAAACUCGGUCAGGGCCACGGUGCAGAGGUACCCUCCGACUCACCACGGGAGCCAGGUGUGCCGACCGCCUCUGCUUCACGGAUCUCUGCCCUGGCUGGACGGCGGGAAAGCCCUGGGCAGCCACCACACUGCCUCCCCCUGGAACCUCAGCCCCUUCUCCAAGACGUCCAUUCACCACGGCUCCCCGGGGCCCCUCUCCGUCUACCCCCCAGCCUCAUCCUCCUCCCUGUCGGGGGGCCACGCCAGCCCGCACCUCUUCACCUUCCCGCCCACCCCACCGAAGGACGUCUCCCCAGACCCGUCGCUGUCCACCCCGGGCUCAGCCGGCUCGGCCCGGCAGGAUGAGAAAGAGUGCCUCAAGUACCAGGUGCCGCUGCCCGACAGCAUGAAGCUGGAGUCCUCGCACUCCCGUGGCAGCAUGACAGCCCUGGGGGGCGCCUCUUCGUCAGCCCACCACCCCAUCACCACCUACCCACCCUACGUGCCCGAGUACAGCUCCGGACUCUUCCCCCCCAGCAGCCUGCUGGGCGGCUCCCCCACCGGCUUCGGAUGCAAGUCCAGGCCCAAGGCCCGGUCCAGCACAGAAGGCAGGGAGUGUGUGAACUGCGGGGCAACCUCGACCCCACUGUGGCGGCGAGAUGGCACGGGGCACUACCUGUGCAAUGCCUGCGGGCUCUAUCACAAAAUGAACGGACAGAACCGGCCCCUCAUCAAGCCCAAGCGAAGGCUGUCUGCAGCUAGGAGAGCAGGGACGUCCUGUGCGAACUGUCAGACCACCACGACCACGCUCUGGAGGAGGAACGCCAACGGGGACCCCGUCUGCAAUGCCUGUGGGCUCUACUACAAGCUGCACAAUAUUAACAGACCCCUGACUAUGAAGAAGGAAGGCAUCCAGACCAGAAACCGAAAAAUGUCUAGCAAAUCCAAAAAGUGCAAAAAAGUGCAUGAUUCGCUGGAGGACUUCCCCAAGAACAGCUCGUUCAACCCAGCUGCCCUCUCCAGACACAUGUCCUCCCUGAGCCACAUCUCACCCUUCAGCCACUCCAGCCACAUGCUGACCACGCCCACGCCGAUGCACCCGCCAUCCAGCCUGUCCUUCGGACCUCACCAUCCCUCCAGUAUGGUUACCGCCAUGGGUUAGAGCCCUGCUUGAGGCUCACAGGGCCCCCAGAGAGAGUCCCUGCAGCCCACUUCGACUUGCAUUUUUGCAGGAGCAGAAUCAUGAAGCCUAAACGCGAUGGAUACAUGUUUUUGAAGGCAGAAAGCGAAAUUAUGUUUGCCACUUUGCAAAGGAGCUCACUGUGGUGUCUGUGUUCCAACCACUGAAUCUGGACCCCAUCUGUGAAUAAGCCAUUCUGACUCAUAUCCCCUAUUUAACAGGGUCUCUAGUGCUGUGAAAAAAAUGCUGAACAUUGCAUAUAACUUAUAUUGUAAGAAAUACUGUACAUUUGAGGAAGACUUUAUUGCAUCUGGGUAGCUGUAGGGCAUGAAGGAUGCCAAGAAGUUUAAGGAACAUGGGGGAAACAGAGUGUGGAAAUUAAGAAGAAGCUAGGUCUGAUAUCCAAAUGGACAAACUGCCAGUUUUCUUUCCUGUCACUGGCCACAGUUGUUUGAUGCAUUAAAAGAAAAAAAAAAAAAAAGAAAAAAGAAAAAAAAAGAAAAAAGUUGUAGGCGAAUCAUUCGUUCAAAGCUGUUGGCCUCUGCAAAGGAGAUACCAGUUCUGGGCAAUCAGUGUUACCAUUCACCAAUUGCCAUUGAGGGUUUCAGAGAGCCCUUUUCUAGGCCUACAUGCUUUGUGAACAAGUCCCUGUAAUUGUUGUUUGUAUGUAUAAUUCAAAGCACCAAAAUAAGAAAAGAUGUAGAUUUAUUUCAUCAUAUUAUACAGACUGAAUUGUACAAAUUUAUUUACUGCUAGUCUUAAGAACUGCUUUCUUUCAUUUGUUUGUUUCAAUACUUCCUUCUCUCUCAAUUUUUGGUUGAAUAAACUAGAUGACAUUCAGUUGGCCUAAGGUGGUUGUGCUCGGAGGGUUUCUUGUUUCUUUUCCGUUUUGCUUUUGGAUGAUAUUUAUUAAAUAGCUUCUAGAGUCCGCGGCAUCUGUCUUGUCCCUGUCCCCGCAGCCUGUGCUGAUGGUAGCAGUGUAUGAGCUACCGACGUGCAUGUCAGCGACCCCGGCCGGACCGGCCACGUCUUCCAAGCAGCCCGGCUGCCAUCCGCCCUGUCGUGUUCUGUGUUAGUGAUCACUGCCUUGAAUACAGUCUGUUGGAAUAAUAUUAUAAGAAUAAUAAUAAAGUUAAAAUAUUUUAAAACAAC